CGUAGCUGCAUCGCGCCGUCUGUUUAUCUGUCAUCCAUUGAUUUGGGCUGCUGGGAAAGAUGGCUGACGCAGCGGACUCGGUGCACGUACCUGGGCUACACCAGCUGCUGGAGCAGGACCCGUACCUCAAACCGUACAAGAAGGACUUCCAGAGGAGGUAUGCUUUGUUUGAUCAGCGUUUGAAGAGUAUUGAAGGGAACGAAGGUGGUCUAGAGAAGUUUUCAAGAGGUUACCAGACUUUUGGAAUCCACGUCCUUCCAGACCAUGGCAUAUAUUGUAAAGAAUGGGCUCCUGGAGCAGAGGCGGUUUUCCUUACUGGGGACUUCAAUGGCUGGAACCCUUUUUCGCACCCAUAUAAAAAACUGGAUUUUGGAAAGUGGGAGCUCUAUAUUCUGCCAAAAGAAGAUAAAUCCCCAUCGAUAUGGCAUGGUUCAAAACUAAAGGUUGUAAUUAAAAGUAAAUCUGGAGAAACACUGUAUCGCAUAUCUCCCUGGGCGAAAUACGUGGUUCAGGAGGAGAAGAGCAUCAUCUAUGACUGGGUCCAUUGGGAACCAUCGCAGCCUUAUAAACUUAAACAUGACCGUCCAAAGAGGCCAACUAGUGUUCGUAUAUACGAAGCUCAUGUAGGCAUUGCAUCACAUGAAGGAAAGAUCGCCACUUACAAGAACUUCACUUACAAUGUACUGCCGAGGAUAAAGGAUCUCGGCUAUAACUGCAUACAGCUGAUGGCUAUCAUGGAACAUGCAUAUUAUGCAUCUUUUGGUUAUCAAAUCACCAGCUUCUUUGCUGCUUCAAGUCGUUACGGGACGCCAGAGGAUCUUAAAGAACUCGUUGAUGUUGCCCAUUCCAUGGGAAUCCAAGUUUUGCUUGAUGUUGUACAUAGUCACGCAUCCAAAAACACGGAAGAUGGACUCAACAAUUUUGAUGGCACCAGCUCCUGUUUUUUCCAUGAUGGAUCGAGAGGAAAUCAUGACCUCUGGGACAGCAGACUCUUCGAUUAUUCCAACUGGGAAGUUCUGCGAUUCCUUCUAUCAAACUUACGGUGGUGGAUCGAAGAAUAUGGCUUUGAUGGUUUUCGUUUUGAUGGAGUCACAUCCAUGCUGUAUCACCAUCACGGAAUAGGAUGUGGAUUCUCUGGUGAUUACAGUGAAUAUUUUGGAUUACAAGUGGAUGAAGACUCCAUUGUGUACAUCAUGCUGGCAAAUCACAUGACCCACUCUUUUUAUCCAAAUUCCAUUACAAUAGCAGAGGAUGUGUCAGGAAUGCCGGCUCUCUGCUGCCCGACGGAACAAGGUGGCGGAGGAUUUGAUUAUCGUCUAGCAAUGGCUGUGCCUGAUAAAUGGAUAAAGAUUUUGAAAGAGAUGAAGGAUGAAGACUGGAACAUGGGUGAUAUAGUGCACACGCUCAUCAAUAGGAGACAUAAUGAAAAAUGCAUUGCCUAUUCUGAGAGCCACGACCAGGCUCUAGUUGGAGACAAGACUCUAGCGUUUUGGCUGAUGGAUGCUGAAAUGUAUUCUAAUAUGAGUGUGCUGUCCCCUUUAACUGCUGUUGUUGACCGUGGGAUUCAGCUUCAUAAAAUGCUGCGCCUGAUAACGCAUUCUCUGGGAGGGGAAGGAUAUCUUAAUUUCAUAGGUAAUGAAUUUGGGCACCCAGAAUGGCUUGAUUUUCCGAGGAAAGGAAACAACGAAAGUUACCAUUAUGCUAGGAGACAGUUUCAUUUGGCUGAUGAUCAAAUGCUGCGCUACAGAUACCUUUAUGAUUUUGACAGAGCCAUGAAUAAAUUAGAGGAGCGUUUGGGCUGGCUUGCAGCACCUCAGGCUUAUGUCAGUGCAAAACAUGAAGAUGAUAAGAUUAUUGUGUUUGAGAGGGCAAAUCUCCUUUUCAUCUUUAAUUUCCAUCCAAACAAAAGUUUCACUGGGUACAGAGUGGCUGUAAACUCACCGGGGAAGUAUAUGAUAGUUCUGGAUACUGAUGCUGCAGAAUACGGUGGGCACCAAAGAAUAAGCCACACCACGGAGUUCUUUACAGAGAAUAUUCCCUACAAUAAUCGUGCUUACUCGCUCUUGGUUUACAUUCCAUGCAGAGUGGCUUUUAUUCUUCAAAAUGUGGACAGUGCCUAAGGACUGAAGUCCCGUCUCCAUUCGAAAUGAGUGUGAAGUUAUUUUUGAAGUAGAACAUUUCUUACU